UGCAAGAAAAGAAAUCUGAUCUUGAUGAUCUCGAUGAUUUUGAUGACGAUGGGAGGGAAGUUAAUAGAUCAGAACGGUGUACAACUCCUCCAACAAUUACUUUAAACAAAACCCACAAGACUCCGGAAAAAAAACAGUACUAUAGAU